UCACAAACAUUCAUUAGCCAGGGACUAAAAUCUAGUACACAGGAUAGGGCUACAAAACAACAGGAAAGUCGGUGGAAUGGCCAUUCGUCAAUGUCCGUUAUUUUACAACAAAAAACACACACACAAGGAAAUUGAAACUUUCAUCAAUACGUGAGUAAUUUGUUUGUCUGGAUGCCUGUAAAUCGUUGCCAGGCUAAUAAAACAUCCGUUGUAGGUGGUUAAAAAGCACCCGUGCCGAACGGCGCGCGGAUUUUUUAUACGGCACGGGAAAUGGACUGGGUGAAAGCGAUACUAACCAAUCAUCGUAAAACAAACGAUUGGUAAUUAUAGGAAACAAAUAGCUUUUCCGUGUUCUGAAAUUUCUAUGAAAUGUAUCCAAGCAGGGAACGUUAUGUUUUUUUGCGUUGUUAUAUUUUUUUGGUUUGGAAGAAAACUGCGCAUAUAAACAAGAAGUGGAUUUGGCAUAAUUACUAUAGAAACAAAGUCGCUUUAAGCCUAUACAUAAAAUUACAUCUACUAGCAGAACUUUAAACCCUUUUGGGUUUCUUUCGCUUUUAAAUACUUAAGUGUGAUGGUCGUUACAAGCUAUUGUUUAAUCAAUUAUUCAGUUGUAUAGUUCGUGAACUUCACUGGUUAAUGUUUUACUUCGAAUUGAAAUUACUUGGAGCUGGGUAGAAGAGUUUUCCAUCGAUCCGUACAUCCCGGGUUUCCAAACUAAGGACAAUUUCCAUGGAUGUGUAUGAACAGAUUGGAAUCAUUUACCCGCGCAUUGGUGACUGAAGCAAGUUUGUUCGCACAAUGUCAAGAGCUAACAGAUUAAGAAACAACCUCCCAAUGCUGGUCCAGCAGAUGACGGGCAUGGACUCGACUCCCAAGAGGAAGACAAAGACACACUGGUUCUGCUACAACAGCAACUACUAUAAAAACUUUCGGUCUGGUGAGGAAUUGGACGAGGGAGAGGAGAAGAAGACACGGGAAUACAUGGCCAAGUACAUGGCAAACUAUCGGGCCCACCGGAAGGGGAUGACUCCGGAUGAGGUCGCCGACUACUACAGCAAGUGGGCGGACGCACAGAAAUAUGAACAGGACUUAGAGCCUGGUGUUUACAACGGACCAAUCAUCAUUGCCGACGAGAUGGCAAACGGCUUUCUGGAACGUCGAGACAAGAUUCGCAUCAUCGACAUCGCCUGCGGGACGGGCAGAGUCGGAGAAGAGCUUGCCCGCUACGGUUUUAAGCAGAUAGAUGGCCUCGAUCCGUCGGCGGGAAUGUUAAAACAAUGCCAAAAGAAGGACAUCUAUAAAAAGCUGUUCCGGGAAUUCUGUUCCGACAAUACCCUCCCCAUCGAAGACGGUGUGUAUGACUGUGCUGUUGUUUCUGGAGGCAUGGGUGAAGGCCACAUUCCAUGUAGCGGGCUGCAAGAAAUGUGCCGCAUUGUGAAACCAGGCGGUAUGGUGCUGAUCGUGAUGCGAAAGGAGUACCUGAAGUAUGUAGACGAAUACACGGAACGUUUGGAACCUUUCAUUGAGAAAAUGGAGCAUGAAAACAGGUGGGAACUGCUGGAAAGGCGCGAAGUCAGCAACUAUUCUUUCAACCGUGACGGAGUACUCUUUAAGAUGAAGGUGAAAAAGAACACUGUUGACCACAUUUCUGCACCGGAAUCUUCAGAGAAGGAUUCCAGCACAGGCGCUAUGUCGAACAAAGAAGAAGAACAGCAGCAUGUGUGACAGCCCAUCAUACAUUGAUGAACGUUGAGAGAAAACACUAAUGAAAAGUUGAAUGUGAUCUUGUGCCAUUGUUUGUUAACUUAUUUUGGCUUCGGACGCUCGACGAGGCGAUGUCCGUCGGUGUUCUUCUUUCAAUGAACAAGCUUAUCCGUGUGGCAAGGUUUUUAACUAUUUUAUAAGUAUCAUAUACAUUUUGAUUGCUGUAAAUGGUAUAAUAUUCGGUUUAUAUUUUGAUUGAUACAGUCACAUGCCUGAUGGUUGGUAAAGAAACAUGUAUAUAUUUUUUACGUAUUUUUUUUUUAAAUAAAUGCGUUCUUUUUUCUUGUAUUAAUGUUUCUAGACUUUAUACACAUAUCAUGGAAUAUUUCAUAACAUGCAUAUUUUCUUAUGCUCUAUUGAGUAUUGUGUAUACAUCCCCGUCGGCUUGCGAUGUUAAUCAGUUCAUACAUUACUGACUGAUACUCUGUGUUUUCGUGUACAUUUGUAUGACCAUUCCGACAAUAUGCUUUUAUAGAAGACAUUGCUAAUCAUUUUAACAUUACUAGCCAUUAAAUUAUAAAUCAGUACAAUAUGGUUAUUAUAAUUUUAGUAGUCAUAAGAAUACUCCAUUUUAUUUUCAAUAUUUACUCUUUAGUAAUACAAUACAUUGUUUAAGAUAUAUGACUUGUUUGUCCACAUCUUGAAUACAUUCAGCCGAUGACUAUUCUGACUACAACUAGCGGGAAGGGAGCACCUGACCCCCUAAAAUCGUCAAAGUUAACUUUUUACUUUAUUCCAAUGUAGGAGAAAAUAUUAAUAAAAAACGCCCCAUAUGCACCAUUUCGGACUUAAAAUUGGGGUAGUACUCCAAAAUUUCCCCUGCCGACACCAACUAAAUUUCAGUUCUAAGAGAGGGGCACAAGAUAAAGGCUUUCGCUCCUAUGUUACGCCCCCUCUAACGUCAACUCCUGGAUUCGCCCAUGACUACCAAUCACAGUAACAUACGAAGUAAUCAAACAGAGCAUGGGGUUUCUCCCCGCUGCAAUAACACAUUUCUUGAUAAGAUCAUACUUGUUAUAAUUUU